CGGUGGGAGAUUUUUGGAGAAAUGCCUGCGCAUCGCAGCAUUCGCAUCGCAACACAAAUUUCCUUCUCUCAAAAUCGCAACGGAGAUAAGGUACAGGGGCAGCAGCAUACCAACACAGGAACAGAAGCAUCAGCACCCGUACGGUCGGCAACCACAAGCAAUGCCAAUCCAGUACCAUCGUGCGCAGCGCAUCCUGUUGCUGGCGCUGGCGGUCGCCACGGCCCUGGCCGUUUCGGCUUCCACGGAAGCGUCGAAAGCCGGCACGCCACCGGCUUCCGUGCCGAGCGGCGGAUCGGGCGCCACGGAGAACCAAUGGUUCCCCGUGCGCGAAAGCGACGGCGGGGAAGAACCCCUCGAUCCGCAGCCCCUCCGGACCCUCCUGGUCAAGAUCCUGGCCUCGGCCCUUGCCCUUGCGAUCGCCCUUCGGUCCGAGCCGUCGGACAAGCCACCCGAAGGGGUGGCACCCCCGGAGCCACUCCCGGCGGCCCGCGGGGGCUUGCCCGAGAACGAAAAGGCGGAACCCCGCGGGGAAGCCCGCGGGGAACAAGGCGAAGCGAAUGCUCAAGCCAUCCACCCGAACCACCGCGUCCCUUCGGAAGGCAUCCCCGGCGGCGGCGAUUCGACGGACGAACCCACCGAGGCGGACCACGGAGAAGCAGAAGACACCCCACCCGGGGACCCUUCGCCGGAGAACCCGGAGGAAGAGACGAGAUCGGCAACCACCCCUCGAUCGACGUCCGUGGUCCGCGGACAGGUCAGGGAGCUGAAGCAGCAGAUGCACACCCUCUCGACCAUGAUGGAACGGCUGCAAGACAAACUGGACAGGUACAAGACGACGGAGACGGCGGUCGCAGUCGCGGACACACCAACGAUUCCAGCGAGCGAACCAAGCAAAACGAUCACGGAACCGAUGCACGGAUCCGUGAUCUCAGCGACACCCGCCAUCGAAUCAGCGGCGUAACAAACGAAAGGAACGCAACGCAGCGCAACGCAGCAACGCAGUGCAAACCGCGAGGCCCGGCGACCGGGAGAUCCUCCCGGGGCCGAAACAGAUCCAUCGACCGGGGCGGCUUGGUCGAGGGGCUUGCGGGCACGCCCACCGCAACCGUCCCGGGCAAGGGGCCGGUUGGUUCCGUCUUUGUUCCGGGCCUUCCGACCGGAGGAUUCUCCGGUGCCGACCGACCGACCGACCGUUCCCGGUGCGACGCCCGGGCCGGCGUGUGCCCCGCGCCCGCACCGAAAAAACACCGUGGUGAACCCAGAAAACGCAGCAACACGGGAACCCGCGAGGACAUUCCACAAGUACGAGUAGAUAUUGAAGAAACCUCACUCUUUAUU